AUGUUUAUUAAGGUCCUAAAUAAAGGAAUUAACAAGGACCUAGAGAUUCUUCUAAACCUAGACGUAUUUAACACCCUACACUUCUACAAGCUCUAUAAGGAAAAAGACCAGUUGGUAGAGGUUGUAAACCAAGCGCAAUCCGCAAGGGAGAGAACUACCUAUCUAACGUUUAGCUACAGUAAGCAUGCUUGCCCGGGUUGGGUCUUCGCCGUCAACAAAAUCAAAAUAGUCGUCGCCAAUCUUCUUUGUCAUUAUGAUAUGAAAUUAGUGGAGGGCGUAAAUGGGAGGUAUUAA